AUGCACCUCAUGACAUCAAACGGACAUAACUUCGAUGACCCUGAUAGAUCUAAGCCGAAGAAGCACCGCCCAGGGUUUGCGGUUGGCCCCGAUAACCUUCCAGAUGGAACCUAUCGACGCAAAGUUAUCAAAAUAAAAAAAGACCUGAUUCAAAAAGCAAAGGUAAAGAAAUCAUAUGCGAAGCUGAAAGCCCGCGAGCCCGUUGAUACAAUCCCGAUCAAAAACCCAACAUCGGAACCCCUCAGUGCCGAUGUCCCUCUGCAACUGCACCCCGAUCGUCAAUCAAUGCUAAAGGCUCCAAUUGAGAAAGCAACGCCUCCCCCAAAUAGAGCCUCUGAUACAGCACGACAUCGCGCAAAGAAGCCUGGUUAUUUCGAAAAAGAGCAAGCAAUCGCCGAGCAAAAGAAAGCUGAAUUGAAAGCUAAGCAAAUAGAGUAUGAAAGAAGAUCGAAUGAGAAGAGUCAAAAAAUGAAAGAAAGAGAAAGGAUUCGACGGAAAAUGGCACAGGCACGGACUGGGGGGAAAAAUGGACAACGUAAACUAGGGCGGGAAAGUGUGGUUCUACUAGAGAAGGUCAAAAAAUUAGUAGGAUAA